ACGCGAGGGGACCGGCGCGGGAGGGGCGGAGCGGCGCAGCAUCCUCACCCGCCAGAGGCGCAGCGUGCGCUGGGUGGGUAGUGACCCUCCGAAAACAGACGUUCUCCGCCCCAGAAAGUGGGGCGAGGCCCCGCGGGGUCCCCAGGGAGGAGGCGGCCUGGCCGGUGGCAUCCAUUCUUCUUCCCAGGCCGGUCUCUCCGGUACCUCCCUAUCCCAUUGCUUAAGCUUUCUGGAAUUGAAGGAUUUUCCCACUGAGAUGGUAUGAUAGGAGCUUUUGGUGAUUUUAGGCCAUAUCUAAAUUGGGCUGAUGCAGACCAUACUAUUUUCUUAAGAGCUUGGGACAACAUUCACUCUCUGCUUCUCAAUCAUCAGAGGCAUAAUGCCAUCCUUGCCUCAGGAAGGAGAUAUUCAAGGGCCCUCUCACCUAGGUCUGGAUGCAGAAUUGUCCUAUGAAAGCAAAAUUAAAAGGAAGGUCAGAAAGAAGAAGAAAAAUGGAUCCAUCACAGCCAAUGUUUCUGGCACAAAAUUUGAAAUUGUUCGUGUAGUGAUAGAUGAGAUGGGAUUCGUGAAGACUCGAGAUGAAGAUGAAACAAGUAAUCUUAUAUGGUGUGAUGCUGCUGUUCAGCAGGAGAAGAUUGCAGAACUACAGAACUAUCAGAGAAUCAACCAUUUUCCAGGAAUGGGUGAGAUCUGCAGGAAGGAUUUUUUAGCAAGAAAUAUGACCAAAAUGAUCAAGUGUAAUCCCCAGGAAUAUACUUUCAUUCCCCGAACAUGGAUCUUCCCAUCAGAGUAUACCCAGUUCCAGAAUUAUGUAAAAGAACUGAAGAAAAAACGGAAACAGAAGACUUUUAUUGUCAAACCAGCAAAUGGUGCAAUGGGUCAUGGGAUCUCUUUGGUAAGAAAUGCUGAAAAACUGCUAGCUCAGGACCACUUAAUUGUCCAAGAAUACAUUGAUAAGCCUUUCCUUAUGGAAGGGUACAAGUUUGAUUUACGGAUUUAUAUUCUGAUAACAUCCUGCGAUCCAUUAAAAAUAUUUUUAUAUCACGAUGGGCUUGUGAGAAUGGGGACGGAGAAGUACAGUCCACCUAAUGAUACAAAUUUGAGCCAGCUCUAUAUGCAUCUGACAAACUACUCUGUGAACAAACAUAAUGAGCGGUUUGAACGGGAUGAAACCGAAGAUAAAGGCAGCAAGCGGUCUAUCAAAUGGUUUACUGAAUUCCUACAAACAAAUAAACACGAUGUUGCUAAGUUUUGGAAUGAUAUUUCAGAAUUGGUUGUAAAAACUCUGAUUGUAGCUGAACCACAUGUCUUGCAUGCAUACCGCAUGUGUAGGCCUGGACAACCCCCGGGAAGUGAAAGUGUCUGCUUUGAAGUCCUGGGAUUUGAUAUUUUGUUGGACAGAAAACUGAAGCCAUGGCUUCUGGAGAUUAAUCGAGCCCCCAGCUUUGGAACUGAUCAGAAAAUAGAUUAUGAUGUAAAAAAAGGAGUGUUGCUUAAUGCCCUGAAGUUACUCAACAUCAGGACAAGCGACAAGAGGAGAAACUUGGCUAAACAGAAAGCAGAAGCUCAGAAGAGACUUUAUGGUCAAGGCUCAAUGAAGAGGCUCUCGCCCGGCUCUUCAGACUGGGAGAAACAGCGGCACCGACUGGAGAGAAGGAAAGAGGAGUUGAAAGAGAGACUUGCGCAGGUGCGUAGGCAGGUCUCCAGAGAAGAACAUGAAAAUCGACACAUGGGGAACUACAGGCGAAUUUAUCCUCCUGAAGACAAAUCAUUACUUGAAAAAUAUGAGCAUUUAUUGGCCACUGCCUUUCAGACAUUUCUUUCGGGAAGAGCAUCUUUAUUUCAGCGAGAAUUGAAUAAUCCUUUAAAAAGAAUGAAGGAAGAAGAUAUUUUGGACCUUCUUGAACAGUGUGAAAUAGAUGAUGAGAAGUUAAUGGGAAAAACUGUCAGACCUCGAGGACCCAAGCCUCUGCAUUCCAUGCCUGAAAGUGCACAGAUAUUGAAAAAGCAGAAGAACUACAGUAGUGAGAGCAGUUAUGAAAGCUCUGAGGAGUCCUCUGAAUCAGAAGAAAUUGAGCGCGAAGAGUUCCCGGGUACAAUUGCUGAAAAGAAAGCCGCCUAUGAUUUUGAUACCUGCAAGUGGAAAUUUCCUCCACAGCCCAGCUCCAUCAGACGCUCUGUCAGUUGUCCUCGAUCCAUCUCGGCGAAUCCGUCCAUGAUUGACCACCGCCCCUUUUCUGCUAGGCAGAUGAUCUCAAUCUCCCGCCCAGCUUCUGGGGUCAGGUCUCAAUCUCUAAAUCGUUCCUCUUCUUCCUUGAGGAGUUUGCCCCAACCUAAUGGUCUGGAUCACCAUGAGACUCCAGUGACUGAUCCUUUGCAGCAUCUGAGAACAAAAGAACAAGAGGAAGAAUUUACAAGGCAGACCUUGUUUAUUCUCCGAGAUAUGAAGAUCAGGUUCCCAGGGAAAUCGGAUGAAGAAUCAGAACGGAUUAUCGAGGAUAUUAUGGAUAACUGGAAGUAUCAUAAACCCAAGGUGGCUUCAUACUGGCUCAUAAAACUGGAUUCUGUAAAACAGCGGAAGGUUUUGGACAUUGUGAAAACGAGCAUUCGCUCAGUUCUCCCACGUAUCUGGAAGAUACCUGACAUGGAAGGUUUACAUUUGUUUCGAAUUUUUAACCGGGUAUUUAAUCGGCUGCUGUGGAGCCAUGGCCAGGGCUUGUGGAACUGCUUCUGUAACUCAGGCAGCUCUUGGGAGACAAUUUUCAGCAAGAGCACAGAAGUGAUUACUCCCCAACAGCUCCAGUGCUGCCAGCAGCUGGUACAGCUUUGUAAACACUGCCUCCUAGUGGUUUACAAGUACGCAAGUGACUCCCGAGCGUCAAUGUCGUCUGUGUGCCCCGACUGGGAAAAUACCAGGUAUUUACUGCCAGGAACUACACACUUCAUCCUGAAAACACCGUCCUACAGCCUUUUCAACCCUUCUGCAGUGAAACAUCCCAAUGUUUUGUUUACACCCAGAUAUGCCCAUUUGUGAAACCAAAGGAAAGUUUACCAUGGGCUUUAUAGAGUGGCAAUUCAUUUUUUCCUUCAAUUUAAACAUGCAAAGAAAGUGAAUUAUAAGUUCUGUUUUAUGUAUAUAUAAUAUAUGGGGAAAAUAUAAAUAUACACACCCUCAAACAACAUCUAUCUAACUAUCUAUAUAUAUAUAUACACACACACACACAGAGACACACAGACACAUUACUCUGUAUGAAAGAAAAUUUAACCAAAAACUCCCCCCACCUUAUUCUAAAAGCUUAACCCUUAUGGAAAUGUAAUAAAUCAUGUUAAAAACUAUUCCCACAAUUAUGUGACUGUCUAGAUAUUGUUAGGUUGAUAAUUAAUUCCUUCCUACUAGAAAUGUUAUUUUUGCUGCUGAAUCUAUAAAAUAGAAUUAAUCUUGGAGAUCCCAUUACAGUGUUAAAUUAUUUUCUAGCUACAGUACCUUUCGACUUGAAGUACAUUUCUCAUUAUAUAAUACCUUGUUAAUUCUCAUAGAUUCAUUGACUGUUUGAAAAAAAGGUAAAUGAUAAGCCUGAUGUUGCUUAAUGUGAUGAUUCAAUAUAAAAUAGAUGUAUCAUUCCUAUAUAGCACAUUGAAAAGAACUGGAAAAAGCCAGAUCUAAUUUUCCAGCUUCAUUUUUUUUCUCUUUAUGAAAACCUGAGCUUUAUGUACUAAUGUAAUUUUCCAGUAAGGCCCUAGUGAAAUAACAUUUUGGUCUAAGUGAAGACAAUCCAGUGGAUUUAAAAACAAAACAAAAACAAAACACGGUGAAACAAAACAAGUCGUUCAAUGUGUACUUUUAAGCUGAAGUCAACUAAUAAAAGUGAAGGUAAUGGUGACCAUCA